CAUCAAUGCAUCAAGUGCUCAUUCCAAGUACAAUUUGCAUAUCUUUCCAACAUCAUCUUAACCUUAAUUUACCAAAACCAAAAUGGAGAUGAUGAAGAAGCAAUCUCUCUUGUUCUUUGCACUACUAGUUUCUCUCUUGUAUUCCACCACUACACUAGCCCAAUUAUCACCUGCUUCUGCUCCAUUAAAACCUGCCACACCAGUCCCAACCACACCAGCCUCUUCCCCAAAACCACUGGUUCCUUCAUUGCCAGAGUCACCAAGUGAUUCCACCGCCCCUGACACUGCAGCGGUUGACAUUGUUGGAAUCCUGCGAAAGGCCAAGUCAUUCAAUGUCCUAAUCCGCCUCAUGAAAACCACUCAAUUGAUCAACCAACUCAACUCACAGCUCCUAACCAUAAAAACAGGUGGCUUAACCAUUCUUGCACCAGAUGACAGUGCCUUCUCAGAGCUCAAAGCAGGGUUCCUCAACUCUCUUUCUGAUGGACAGAAGCUCGAACUUCUACAGUUCCAUGUGAUUUCAGACUAUGUUUCUAGCUCAAACUUUGAUACCUUAACAAACCCUGUGAGAACACUUGCAGGAGCUAGGCCUGGUAAAGUGGAACUGAAUGUGAUUAGUUAUGGUAGCAGUGUGAACAUCUCAACAGGGGAAGUCAACACCACCAUCACUGGGAUUAUAUACACGGAUAAGCAUCUUGCUAUUUAUAAGGUGGGUAAGGUGCUUCUUCCUAUGGAUUUCUUUGCAGUUGCUAAAGCACCAGCAAAGGCUCCAUCUUCGGCACCAGAACCUUCAGCAGAAGCCCCUAAAGCUGAUAAGGAGAAGCCAUCAUCAGAUGAUUCCUCUGAUUCAUCUCAGAUUAGUUCCACAAGCAUGAAAUCUAGCAGUGUGAAAAUCACUACGUGUGGAAAAUGGGUGUCCCUAGUUCUUGGAGUAGCUCUCAUGACCGUAGUGUCAACAUAAAGCAAACUUGGAUGAUUGGGAUGAUCCAAGCUAUUAGCUACCAUUAUUGAUAUGGAUAUUGAAGAGUGCUAUUUUGUGUUGUUUUAUUGCGAGAAAGGAGUGAAUAUUACUGUUGUAUCUAGUUCUCUCAAUUUAUUCUGAUAUAAGAAUGUUAUACUAUGGUUUUAUCUA